AUGGAUACCACCCCUCAGUCCAACAUGGCCACCCGCACAUACACCCAGUCCUCUACCUCGACAAGAGCCUCGGUUGAGCCCGCCUCGCCCAGCGCAAACUCGCAAACUUUCUGCUUCAACAACACCAAGCCAAUUCCCCGCUCCGUGCCCUCGGCCGAGCAGAACUUCUUCGGCGCCAUCAAGGAGAAGAUCAGGGAACGCUCGAGAAGCCGGUCGCGCGACUCUCGCUCGCGCUCGCCCAUGCCUCCUACCCACCUCCACUCUUCGCCCUCCGCUUCGCCCGUGAGGAGCCAGGAGGUGCGCCGUGUGAACUCGUCCUCAACCACCAGCUCCACUCUGUCUCCUGCUCCCACCAAACGCCAGAGCACCGACAGCAGCCAUUUCUACUACGGAAGACAUACGAACCAGUGGCUUUUCGGUGGCUUCAGCGUGCGGGAGACGGUCAAGGACGCCUAUCACCACAUCCGCGGCGAACACUAA